CUUUGAUCUUGACCUGACUAGUAGACCACAGUACGGGGACUACUUGGUGACCAGACCAGAACUAAAACUUGGUUUCUGUCCCAUCAGUCUGGUACCACCCAGGAGGUACCAAGUAUCUACACGCCAUAGUCUGUUCGGCUGGUAUUUUACUCUGCUGCCCCCCCCCAAAUCACCUCCUCCGCCUCCAUCUCCAACCUGCCUGCCUGCCUGCCUGCACGCACCUCACUCGUUGUCACCACCAUUCACGACCGUUUCUGCCAACGUCGGCUCUCCCCAGCUGACGGCCAACAAACAACCCAGUUCAACUCAACUGGUACGAGCGGAAUCCAACACAGCCGUUUGUUUGUCCAUACGUCUGUCGCCAACCGCCGCCGCGCCGCCUCCCCCCUUCCUCCUUAACGAGGCGCUCCCCCGCCCCAUGAUGGCAGAUGACCGUGAUCGCAACCACGAGUUCGGCCACGACAUCGAUGUCGACAGCAACGACAGCUAUGACGAGAGGACACAGGGCUGGGUGCUCGAGCUAGAGUCCAUAUACUCCCUCGGCGACCCUCCCAGCGCCCCGCCCUCCGAGUUUGGCGGCUGGCAAGACGACAUUGUUCCUGCCGGUUCCAUCAGCACCCGCGACGUGCGCCUUCCCGGCACCGCAGGCCGGCAGCACCAGUCCUCGCAGCCUCUGCCUGGUGCCGCCGAGUGUCUCGACUUCAAGAAGACUCGCAACGGCCGAUUCAAGCCCAACAAGCAGACCAAGCUUCGAAACAGCCUGCUGGGCGCCGUCGGCUUCCUCGAGGCAGCCAACGCGUGUGAUUUUGCGGCCAACGUGUGGAAUCAGACCCCCGUGCCUCGCCAUGUCCUUGUGCUCAUGGGGCUGGGCGGUACUGCCGCCCUGGGCAUGAUCUACUUCUGUAUCAAGGACGGGCGCCUGAGUCUCGCCAACCUCCGCGCUCUGAGGGAGGAGCGCCGCUACCUGAAAAACCAGCGCCCGCUGUAUCUCGACAAACCCAACAUGCUGCGCACGAUCGACUGCUUCCUCGACAUGAACACAAGGGAGAGCGGGACAGAGAUGGUCGACCGCAUCGGAAGCGACACACUACUGGGCAUUUCCGCGUUCAUGGUCGGUAUCGGUACAUAUAUGGCUAUGGAUGGGAACCAUGACAGCGCCAACUAUAGGGCGAGCAACCUCUUGACUGGGUAUAUCGGAAACACAUUUCCCGCCAUCUUCGGAGUAACAAACCUGCUGUGGUCCAGCUACGUCUUUGCGCGGGCCAGAAAGCAGCAGGCCGCAGCCCUCAACUACGUCAAGGGCUCGACUAGGAUCUCGUCGAUGCUCAAGAACCGCACGUCCAGCAUCCAGUUCCAUGCCGCCCUGAACGGCAUCACGGGUAUCGUCGCCGGUGUGGCUGCCUUGAUAACGGCCACGCAAUGGUGGGCCUAUAUCCUCCUCGUGCCCUGCAUCAUCACCUCAGGGACCGUCAACAUAUUCUGGCGCAAGCGGGUCGGCUACGAGCGGCCUUUUGUGCUAGGCCAGAUAUCGUCCAUCGACGAGGAUACCGUGUUUGAAGCCUUGAGAUACGCAAACGACUGCCAUAGAAGGGUACUGAGAGUCAAGGCGUCGGGGGAAAGCGACGCCUUCUCGUCGCUCGUGACGGACCCAAACUCGCUGAUGUGCGCGCUCGACGUCAUCCGGAAGAACAAUUUGUUCGAGGACUUCUGUCUUCGGGUCCUUCGGGACAAGGACCUGUCAGGCAGGCUGUUCGGACAUGCCGCUUUCGCCGCGAAUUCGUCGGUGUACGGGCCCACGAUAGACUGGCACAGUCUAGCCGAGACGCGGGACGAGGUGCUGAUGAAGCUGCUCCUGCAGGUCGCAAAGGACCUGCUGAACCAGGACGCCGCAAACUGCUUCAAGUACCAGGAAAGGCAUUUAUUAGAAGUCCUUGGCUGCUAUAUGUGCAGAGGCGCACAAUUUGGGAGGUCUAAAAAGGCCAAGGGCAGGAAACCGCCGUCGCAGCGCGUUCAGCAGACCAACGUGCAUACCUAUGCUGGGAGGCACGCCAACGACUGGCUUUUCGGGGGUUUCUCGCUCACCAAAUCAUUAAAGAAGGUGUUCCGAGGCUAAGUUUAUAUAAGGAGGGUAUAUAUUGGCCAUGUUAAUCGUAAUUAUCGCACGGGCUCGGUAGCAUUGUUGGAGUUUGUGGUGUUGUCUUGCACGGUUGGAUUCGCAAUCACAGCGUCGAGCGCAUAUCGCUUGUACCUACCCUGGUUUCUCUGACGGGAGAAAAUGAGAGAGAGGGAGAGAGACGAGGUGAGGAACGAAUUUUACGAGCCAGAUAAAGGGUCAAAUAAGACAUUGUUUGUAGUCAAA